UCUGUUAAUCUGCCUUUAUCAUCACCCUUCCCUGUACUUCACUCCAACAGGGAGUAUACAUUUGCAAUUUUCUAUGUAUACCUGAGCCUUAAUACAGGUAGGUUCAGAACUUCUUUCAGUGCAAGAGCUCACUUUUGAGUAGAUACGAAGCUUUAGUAAAUAGGAGUAGAUAUUUGCAGUUUGGGGGAAGCCAGUAUUGGAGAGGUCAGAAUGCACCAGUGCUCAGAAUCUCUGUUCUCACAGGCACGUGCAGGUCACUGAUUCACCUUCCAUGUUAGUCCAUAGAACAAUUGGCUGACUUCAGACUUUUGCAAGAUGAAAGUGUUUUGACUAUGAUGACGUGAGCUCUUAAAACUUUGUCUUCCUUUUCCCAUUCAGACAACAUGGUCCUUAUGUAAUCAUGGAGAUCAGUAUCUUCUUGCAUAUUGUUCAGGGAAGACUAGGGCAUAGUGAGCUGAUUCUGAGUGAGGGGACUAGGGAAAGCAGAGAGAUUGUACUGAUUUGUGAUGAUUAUGUUCCAAGUCCUGACAAAUUCCUUUCUGUACUAAAAGUAUUUUUUUUCUGUAUCACAGUAGCUCAGAGUCUGCCCAAACCAGGCAUGUUGAAGGAACAGCCCCAAGACACGUGUCAAAUAGGUCCACAGGAAUUCGAUUCGAACAUGAGUGGGAAUGGUAAUCAACCUUACUGCUGUGGGACUCAGAAACUGCAGCUGGUUGAGCAGACAAUGGUACAGAUUUCAGACUUGUCUCUAGACAACAUAGAUUCACACUCCACAGCUUUGCGCUGUCAGGGGAUGCUUCUCCUUGAGGACCUAAGCCAAGUGGAGCCUUCUCUGUGGGCUAAAGAGAAGCUGCUCAGAGUAUGCAUUGCCAGCAUCUUUGCCUUGCCCUCAGUUAACAUCUUGCAACGUCAGAAUGGGAAAAAAGUCAACAUACAGGCAUUGUACAACCAAACUGUAGAAGCUAUGGAAGCAAUGCUGAAAUGUCUAUUAUCGGAGAGACCAAAUACUACCGAACUGUGUGCACUUUUAGGUCACUUGGCACCCUGGAUGACUUCAGGACAAGCCCACGAACGAGCAAGAGCGGUGAAAGCCUAUGUGUCCCUGUUAAAAUUCGCAGCCACCUGCCCCAUGUUUCACAUGUCGCAUGAUGACUGUUCUAGGCUGGGGCUACUGAUUGGUCAGCUGUGCCUGCGUCUCAAUGAUCCCAAAAAGGAGAUUGGCCAACAUGCGAUGGAAGGCAUGUAUUUCCUGUACUCCCUUAUGCUGCACAGAAAGGGCACUGAAAUGAACACUGACUCCCUGGAAGCAGAGCCGCUCCACGUUUAUGAAGAGGUUUUGGGUGCCUAUGACCCUACUACAUCUCAGCAAAAUAUUGCCCGUAUUAUUAAAGAAUUUGCGCCAUACCUCACCUCAAGACAGAUGACAGAGCUUUUCUUAACCGCUAUAGGCUGCCUUAAGGAAGCCAAUAGGAGCACCACUGCAGCAUCACACACCAUCACAUCUGUCAUCCUGGAGCAGUACAAGCACAAGUUACGUAGGCAGGUGCCAGAAAUUGUGAAUAAGAUUUACCAGCAGCUUGGUUCCAUCUACCAGUUCCAGGACAGGCACAUAAUGAUGGGGAUUAUGACUGAGCUGGCUCAUACCUACAUGGCAGAAGUAUGCAGUGCCCUUCUCCGGUGCCCUUUCCCAGUCGACAGGUAUGCUGCUGAGAUGUGGUAUGUGUUAACCAAAACAUGCUCAUAUGAUGAACUAACUGUCCUUGUGAACGUACUGCUGAAAAAGCUGCAGCGGAGCCCAAAGUCCACUGGAAACUAUAUCACACCUCUGGCCGCUGCCAGCGCUUUCUGCAAGCUGUUAUCUAUGCCCAAAUGCUCAAAUGUGGCACUCGACAUCUAUCCCCGGCUGUUGAUGGCACUGCUUGUUCAGGUGCACUAUAGCAUCAGGCACAGCGUAAUAAAGAACUCAGAUUCUGAGGAGGAAUUUGAGCCUGUGGGCUAUAUUGUGACAGCACUGAAGACUCUUCUCCUAGCUGCAAGGUGUUAUUGCGAGUUUGCUCUUAUUGAGAAGGAGCAGGGCUGGGAGCUGCUCACCAGCUGCAACGAUCACCAUCGGGGGGUAGCCCUUCUUGCAAGAAUCAUGCUUCAGUGCUCCUAUUAUUUCAACCUCCUGAGGAUCUUGUACCUCUUAGUUCCCUUCCUGGAGCGAGGAGAUGAAGAGCACCAGAUCACAGCAAUGGCUUUCUUCAUUGAGCUUCUUUGUAUGUCAGAGGCCAGAAGACUUCCAAAACAAUAUUCCUUGUAUCGUCUGAAGCGAGGACUGGUUAGUGAAAACCCCAUCAUCCGGGCAUUGUGUAUCAAAGGACUGGUCAAUAUAGCAGACUGGAUGGGGGAGGAGGUAAAGGUCUUAUUGCCAGCCAUGACAAAAGGCCUGUCUGGAAUGGAUGGGCAGCUGUUUGUGGAGACUGUUGCUGAAAUUGAGAAGAUUCUUGCAGGAACAGAAGGAGCAGACUGUAUUUGCAAUCUCACCCUUUCUCUUCAGGAGCUAUUCAGUGAUGAGAGAGAAAGUGUCCGGGCUUCUGCCAUAUGUCUUUUUGGGAAGAUGGUAAAACGGGCUAAAAAAAGCAACAAACUUGCAAUAAAGAAUCAAAUACUAGAAAGCAUGGUUCCAUUACUUCUGCAUCUCCAGGAGGAGGACUAUGACAUCACCACGAAAUGUAGAUAUGCCUUACAUGAAUCCUGUCACUUCCUGGGGUGGAAAUUGCCAAAGCAGCUUGUCAGCAAGCAAACCUGGCAUGAGCAUGAAGACGUUCUGCAUGAAACCUGCCAGUAUCUUGUACAGAAACAAGAGGGAAAUCUCCAGAGAUUCUUGUACCAGGGCCUUUACUACACUGAGAGUCCACUUCUUCCUAUAAAAAGGGCUUCCAUCAUGUUCCUUGGUUUCCUAGUACAACAUAUGUACAGCAGGGCAGGAAAGAUAGAAUUGGAUAUGAUAAUUCAUGCUCUCGAAGGCUUGAUGCAUGACCCUGACGCUUCUGUGUGCAUAGCUGCAGCUCAUGCCCAUGACCGUGUUUCUUCCGUUCACUCCAAAGAGAAGGAUGGGCUUGAUGGCAACAGCAAGAGAGUGGCCAGUGACACUGCAACUGAAGAUUCUACGAGGAAUUCCAGAACGCAGAAUAUUAUCCGCAGCAGCCCUUCCAGACUUUUUGCUGUUAUCAGCCUCUGGAAAUCAGCCAAUGGAAAUUAAUAUUUGGCCAAAGAUGGAAGGAGCUUGGUAUACCAUUUCAUAAGAACAAAAAAGGCUGUGAAGAUCACUUUUCCUACACCCAAUUUCAGCAAAAACAACAGUAUAAGAGACCACAAAAGGAAUUGUUGAUCUACUAGGUACCUGGAUAAUAAACACCACUGAUUCCCUACAGAAUCCAGCCUCUUAGGCUUUUUCUUGCUACAGCUACAUUACAAUAGCUUUUCUAUAAAGGUCAAGGCAUCCCCCAAUCAUUUCUUAACUUGUGAACAACUCUCCUGCAAGUCCCUUUUACAUGAUUGUAGACAGAUAUAUUAGAUCGA